AUGCUCAUCAAAGAGUCCCACGUCGACGUGCCUGUCACUGUCAAUGGCACCGAACAGUCUAUGCGCAUAUUUGUCUUUCACCCAACUAUCCCAGGCUAUCCAAAGGCCAAGUUUCCCGGUGUCUGCGUCUUCAGCGAGAUCUAUCAAGUGACCGGACCCGUGGCCCGCUUUGCCCGUCAGAUCGCGGGACAAGGCUACAUCGUUGCCGCGCCUUCUUCCUACCAUGACUUCACGGGUCCUGAGCCCCUAGCGUACGACGCCGCCGACACAGACAAAGGCAACGCGUACAAGGCGCAAAAGACACUCGAGUCGUACGAUGCCGAUGUUACAAGCACCGUCGACUACCUCCUGUCGCUGCCCACGUGCACUGGCCUCAUCGGGUCAACGGGCAUGUGCCUCGGCGGUCACCUCGCCCUGCGCGCUACAUUCGACUCCCGCAUAACAGCGUGCGUGGCGUACUUUGCCACAGACAUCCACUCCCGCUCUCUUGGCCCCCAUGAAGCCGCCAAUUCCUCCCCGGAGGCCCCCACCGGCAGCGCGCACACGCUGGAUCAUCUCCAGAAGCUGCAGCACGCCGAGGUGGCCAUGAUCUUUGGUAUCAAGGACACGCACGUACCCGACGCAGGACAAGACCUCAUCCGCUCCAAGCUGCGCGAGGCCAAGGCGUGCUUCAGCUUCUAUGAGUUUGCCCACGCGCAGCACGCCUUUAUCAGGGAUGAGCUGAGCAAAGGUCGCUACGACCCGGCCAUCACCAAGAUCUGCUUUGAGGUACUCCUCGAGCUCUUCACCAGAACCCUCAAGACCGAUCUUGGUCCCAGAGACGGAGCUGUGGCUGCGCCAGAGCACGUGUGUUAG